AUGGGUUCCGGUGGCGACAACAUCAACGAUGGAACCAUGGCGGAAUUCAGCGGCAAGAAAAGGAGUCGGAAUGAUUCGUACGACACGGCGGAGUCACGAUUUGACUACUCGCCGGAGGUGAAGCGGUUGAGGGAGGAUCUCCUUCUUUUAGAGAGCUUCGACGAUGGGAAAAUUUACACCCGGAGUUCAGAGUUGGACUCGUUCAUGAAGAGUUUCGAGGAGGAAAUCUUAUCCGGCAAGCCAGUGCCGGCGCCGGCGACUAAUCCGGCACCGGUGGUUGUUGACUUGACGUUGAAGUCUGAUGAUUCGCAGCCGGAUAAUUUGGGGUUUCUAUUGGGAGCGUCAGAUGAUGAGCUAGGAAUACCGCCGUCAAGGGGUGUGGAGACCGACGGCGGAGAGGUUCCGAUCACUGAGUUGGUCCGAGCUGAGUCUGACUCGUCUGCACUCGGAGGAGGUGACUUUUGGGGUUACAAUUACAGCGACGAUUUACAGAACUUCGACUCUUUUGAUGCCGGAAUUGUUGAGUUCGGAGGGGGGUUCGGAUCGCGGCUGCAAAGCUCCGAUGAUGCCAUUGAAUUCGGCACCAAGCUUGCGGAAGAUGAAAGCAUUGAACUCUGCAAGAGAUAUGCGAUGGCCGGCAAGCUGCAGUGUAUCUGCGAUACCCUUCGCUUUGGAGAGGAGAGCCAUGACCGACAAGUCACCUUUUUGCAAGCUGUGCAGCUCCAUAACAAGCUGGGUCUGUUGAGCAUAAGAAAGAGUGCCGAAACCCUGCUGAAGAGCUGUCCAAGCAGCCGCCGACGUUGUGCAGCCCUGGAGAAUGGGAAAAAUCAACAACAGCAAACGACAGCAGCAAAGCAGCAACCGAAAAGCUCAAUUAGCGGCAGCAAGAAGCCUGAUGUGAACGGCGGCCGGCGGACUGACGGAAGAACAUCAGCAGCAGCAGAUGCAAGUGAAGGAAGAAUGCGGACGAAGACGACCGGCGGCAGCAAUAGCACGAAGUUGAAAGAGGAGAGGAAGGAGCACACGCCGGCGAUGCUGAGAUCUGCUUGUUUCUAUCUUGGGUUAGUUAGUCUCUACAAACUGAUAAUUCCUAUUAAGUUAAUGAGUAAAAGAGUUGCAUGUACUAUCUUGUAUGGAUCAAUAUGCAUUCGUGGUGGUGGACUUGGAGGUGGUGGUGAAGCUGGCGGUGGUGGGCGUCGUGGCGGAGGACUUGGAGGUGGUGGUGGUGAUGGUGAUGGCGGUGGUGGAGGACUUGGAUGCGGUGGUGGGGGUGGCGGUGGCGGAGGACGUGGAGGUGUUGGUGAUGGUGGUGGCGGAGGAGGACUUGUUGGAGGUGCUGGUGAUGGAGGUGGUGGAGGACUUGGAGAUGGUGGUGAUGGUGGUGGCGGAGGAGGACUUGUUGGAGGUGGUGGUGAUGGUGGUGGCGGAGGAGGACUUGUUGGAGGUGGUGGCGGAGGACUUGGAGGCGGUGGUGGUGAUGGCGGUGGCGGAGGACUUGGGGGUGGUGGUGAUGGUGGUGGCGGAGGAGGACUUGGAGGAGGAGGCGGGUUUUGA